UUGAGUGCAUCGCUUCAAUAAUUUAACAAUUUAAAAUCAUAGCUCAAGGUGAUCUUUGCGGGAAAAUGACUUUACUUCAGUUCUUCCUUUGCAAUAAAUCGUAAAACAUCACUCUAGAAAUCCCGUUUAUGAAAAAUUCUUGAACUGUAGAAAAGUUAAUCCUUGAAAUCUCAGGCAUUGUAACUUAGAGUCUUUCUUUAAUGUAUAAACUAAAGAUUUUUUAUGGACUAACAGGGAAAACAUGUAACAUAACGGGAUACUUCUGAAAUAUUUAUUGAACUCGAUUUUCAAUGAAUCACACCUAUAUGAAUCAAUUUUACUGGUACGUGAAAAUUUAUGGCACUCUUCUAAUUUCAAUUUGAUUUCCAUAAGUGAUAUGAUCUUAAUUAUGUCAUUGAUUAUCUAUUCAAUUGUGAACAAUAUCGUGUGCGUUUAUUUGUGUGAUAAAAAUUUGUUGAAUAUGUAGAUAAAACGUUUCAAAUGUGUGUGUAGAUCGCUUGAGCAACAUAUCACUAUAAAAGAAAAGUCGAAGUUCGACUUUGAUAUAAGCCUGUACAUCCUCUUAUCAGAAAGUCUUAUAGUCGAUCGCAUUAACAAAUAUGUUGAGAGUGGCAAAUAAGAGUUCAGUACGUGAAUUUAUGUUUGAACAAUAUGUAAUUUAACUUAAAAUUUCGAUAUCAGCUUCGAAUCACGAUCAAGGAUGGAAUUGAUGACGCAUAAGGAAGAAACUCUAACAGUUCCCACACACCAGGAUAUUUUGAGUUGUUGUGAAGAAAUGCAUGAGUAAAUGUCACCGCAGAGUUUCAGGAUAUCGGAUUUUACAUGUGCAUGAAUCUGUGCAAGCUCUUCUACGUAUGUGUGCAAGCUCUUCUACGUAUAAAUACACUUCUGGCAGCAGGAAAGUCUCAGUUGGACGUUUCUUGAUACGACUACAUGUUGAUGGUUCGUGUAAUUUUGUUAAAGAAGGCACAUCUCGAACGUGUUCGUCAAAUAUCGCGCCAUAAGAUUUGAAUUUAUGAACGUAAUCUUCAGCGAGUUCAAUUUUACACUGUGUGUAUAAAAAUAAUUUUGGUGAUACAAUAUAGAUUAUUCAAUAAGAAUUACAGAAUAAAUUAACGAAGAAACGAGGCAUGAGAAAUAGAUUAUUGAGGACUUUUCUAUUGAAGUUAAUAAUACUCAUCCCGUUGAUGCUGGACAACAUGGUUCGAUCAGCGGCAGUAAAUAACAAUAGGAUUUCGUUAUCUGAUGCAGUGAAAGCGUCCAACAUGUUUGUUUGCAAAAAACCACAAUCUCGAGCGUACAAUCUGAAAGACUUGAUGCAAAACGUGCAUCAGAAUUCUGGAGAGAGUACCAUUCAGCCUGUUUAUAUUAUCGUGAAGCGAUGCGAUGGACACUCCGGAUGCUGCACGAAUCCAGAUAUGAGUUGUUUACCUGUAAAAUCAGCGAUUUAUUACGAGGAGAUUGAAAUUGAGAUUUGGAGCUUCGAAACUAGUAACAGAAGACAAUGGAUUAGUGUGGAACAACAUGGUCAAUGUUCCUGUAAAAUUACCAGGAUCAUGGAUCGCUACCAAUUAGAGCAUCAACAGCCUAACAUAACGCUAAUUUCAAAUUAGCUAUUUAGUGUCCAGGAUGAUUAAAACGAUACACAUGCCUUUUGCAUAAUAAAUUAUAAUAUUAUAAUAUAACAGACAGUAUUGAUUUAUAGAAAAUAUUAAGACUGCUGAUGAAUCGAAAUAAUUAAGAAUGUUCAAGUUGUUAUUUCUCUUGGCUGGUACCAGUUUAGUUAGAAAACUUUCAGUGUGUGUUCGAUGCUAUACGCAAAGAAAAUUGGCAUGAAGCCUAACAACGUGUUUAUUGUCUCUUUAACAUCAAAUCAUCAUAAAAUUGCUGGUAAACACCUAUUUUACAAUAUUAUUAUUUUUGAUGCACAACGAAUUUAUACAAAUUCUCAGAAAAUAAGGAUUUUCUCAAAAACAUUAGAUUUGGAGGGUUUUCACAAGAUUUGGAAAAUUUUUUGUUUAAAAAAAUUAAAAAGAGUUAUAAAAUUAUAAUUAACUUCAUUAAAAAGUUCAUUAAAAAAGAUUCAGAUGAUUACACAUAACUAGAGAAAAUUAUAACUACAACUAGUCAUAUUUCGUACGUGAUCAUAGUUAUAUUAAACAGAAAUAAAGGGGGCCAAAAUGUAUUAUUAUUUUAGAAACUACUAUAACUCUUUUAGAAAAAGAGUUUAAUAUUCAUCAUUGUGAUAUUGUCUUACUUAUACAAUCAUAAACAUCGAAAUUAUAGUAUUGGUAGACUUCAUUUUAAUUGUAUUGAAAAAUGUGUAAAACUGAUAUUUAUUAAUUAAUUAUAAUGACUUCAGUA